AUGACUACCAAAACGCACCGUUUCACUACAUGUCACCGUCACCCUUUCACACCUGUCACCGGUUUCUGUGCCUCCUGUCUCCGCGAACGCCUCACCGGCAUCGACUCCUCCUCCGCCUCGCCAGACCUCCGCCGGACCAAGUCUUUCUCCGACCGAACUACUGGCGCACUCUCCGCCGCCGCCCAGGAGCCCCGCCGCAGGUCUUGUGAGGUCCGACUUCCGCCGCCGCGUGGCUCGCUGUCGGACCUCUUCAAUCGCGACGACAAGAGCAAGAAGCUUUUGAAUCGGAACGCCGAGAACAUUUACGGCACUGCCGGCGUCGGAAGCGGAGAGAACGAGCGCGGCGACGUCGUUAGGGUUUCUGGCGAUGAUGACGGUGACGGGAAGACGAUGAAGGAGUUCAUAGAUCUCGAAUUGCGGAGCAGGAAGAGCGCAGGGAGAGAUUUCAGAAUCAUGGCGGCUAAUUUUCGAGGCGCUGCUUCCGAAUUCAGCAAGCGAUUGCUGAAAUGGAGACGGAAGCAGAAUCCGAAGAGACACCGCCACAACGACGGAACCGACAUUGGUUCGGUCGAAAAGCUAGGGUUUAGGUCGUUAAGGGAGACUCAGUCGGAGGUUGGAGAAUACGGUUUUGCGUUGGGUAGAAGAUCGUGCGACACUGAUCCGAGGUUAUCCGUGGACGAUUCGCGGCUUUCGUUCGAAGCUCCUCGAGCUUCUUGGGAUGGUUAUUUGAUAGGGAAAGCAUACCCUAGGCCUUUCCCCAUGGUUCGUGUUGGUGAUAGGGUUUUGGUUGAGGAAGAAGAAGAGGGAGACGUGAGUUCGGAGAAUGGUAAAGAAUGUUGUCCGGGUGGUUCAGCCCAGACGAAGCAUUACUAUUCCGACUGGCAUAGGAGAAGAAGGAGUUUCGAUAGAUCGAAUUCUCGUAGGAAGUCGAUGAUGGGGGAUGUUGAUGAAUUGAGAGUGAUAUCUAAUGCCAAGGUUUCUCCAGCCACAACUGAGUUGUUCUAUGGGGCGAAGGUGUUGAUCACUGAGAACGAUCUGAGGGAUGUGAAUUUGAAAUCGUUGAGUAGUGCUCAAUCUGAUACUGUAAUGGGGUCUGGUUCCAAGGUUAAUGUUUGUGAUGGUGCAAUUGGGGAUGGUCAACAGGGCUUGAACAAGUUUCACAAGUGGGGUAGGUUGUGGAGUAAGUUGGGGUUAGUGCAGAGGAAAAGGGAGGAUAGGUUGGGAGAAGGAGAUUAUGGUGGAGGUGGUGAUGAUGUAGUUAAUAAGCCAAUUGCAGAGUCUUGGCAGAAGCUGAGGAGGGUGGUUAAUGGUCAAGCGAGUGAGUCAGUUAGCCAGAAGCUUAUUCGAAGCUAUAGUGUUAGUUGUAGAGAUCCUUGUAGAACUUCAGGUUUAGUCAAUGGCUUUGGGGGUUCAGAGACUAAAAGCCAUGUUUUGAAUGGAAGGCAGAAGAUUAUGCUUCAGAGGAACCGGAGUGUUAGGUAUUCACCAAGUAAUGUUGACAGUGGCUUGCUAAGGUUCUAUUUGACACCAUUGAAAAGCUACAGGCGAAGCAGGUCUGGAAAGAGUAGCUUAAAGAAUUCAAAUCCAACAGCCAGAAGUUUCGUCUGA